ACACGGGAAAGUUGUACUAUCCUAUUCAUUACCCAGCCAUCCCACACACAUGCCGCGGCUUUCAUUUCGUUCCCCGCCCUGGCCAACUAACCCCAAGGAAAACAGCAGUCGUAAUCAAGCAAGCAAGCAAUGCACCCAGACACCAAGAACCAUGCGCUCGCUACUCUCCCACGCAUCCAAUCCCAGACAUCCUACAAAACCAAAGACUCAUCACAAAAACGCCCUAGACCUGAUAACCACCCUUAUAGUCCUCUUCCUCUUGACUCCACACGCAUCCGCAUUCCCCUUCUCAUCUUCCGCACUAUCACUGCCCUCAUCGUCGCUAAUCUCAAUCUCCUUAAGCAGCUCCUUUUCAUCCACGAGCGUCGCCUCAUCCCCAUCCUCUUCUUCAUCCUCCUCAACCGUCGGAUUCAGAGGCUGCUGCUGGGACCUGCGCCACCUUGGCCCAGCAUGCUCACUCAUAAAAAACCCUUGGUGCCGGAAACGCGUCGCAGCCCACCGCGCAGGCUGCCUACCUUUCCCUUCUCGCUGGCGGCCACUUCGCCCAUCUCGCCCAUCAGCAGGCCGAUGGAGGAGCCGCGCCGACUGCGCACUUCGCCCGCGUCGCUGCCUGCGCCGGGAACGCCGAGGGCGCUGCGGCGCUCGACGCGGAGGCCCUUCCAGCCUUCGAGUUCGCGCUCAAGGCGCAGACUCUUCUCCUUCUCUUCGCGGAGCUCGCGCUCGGCACGCUUAGCGGCGAGCUGGUUGGUCGAGUCCGAGGACUGGAGCUCGUCGAUAGUGUUGAGGAGCUUGGAGAUCUUGUCGCGCGCUUUGUUGAGGUCUUCCACGGCGGCCGCAUUCUGCUUGUCGCGGCGUUCGAUCUGGUUCUGGAGGUCCUUAACCGUCCGAUCGACGUUGCGAAUGCUGCGGGAUUCGGAGAGGCGCGUAGUCUCUGAGGUUUCGAGCGCCUUCUCGAGCUAGAUAUGGUGAUUAGUACUCUGGAUACAAGGCGCGUGUG